CGAGGUGAACUCGCAUCGCCUCGAACGAAUCGUCGUCAAAAGGCGUCCGCGCACUCAGCCGAUCAUGCCGUUUUGGGAAGGUUCAACGAUUGCUGACUGAUGCUUACAUAAUCGCUUACGUCUGACUCCGGUUGACCAGCAUUGCCCAGCCUAUUUCCAAUGCCUGCAAGCGAGCAGACUGUAAAAAGGGAGGGCAGUGCGGAGAUAAUGCACUGAAUAAUUAUAGCUUUGGUUCACUUUUACGCUGUAGUGGAUUCAUGCUUCCAUCACACAUUCGAUACGGUGCAGUACGCAAUGACUGAAGAUCAAACAAUGUUAUUUGGUAGUACUCGAGCAAAAAGAGACAAGUGGGAAAAUAAGAGAGAUAGCAAAUUUGAUGAAACUACUGCGUUAAAUACGUUGUUGUCUGCUGCCCAGACUCCAUCACCCGUCACCAUAUCGAAAAAAACCGCCGUGCAAGUUACGAUGGACGCAGCAGAUGACCGAAAUGUACUGGAAGGCGACAGGAUGUGUGGGAAAUUCUACUGCGGCACCAUGCUCAAUGCUGGCCACUCCUGCCUUCUGGAUCCUCAUUAUCAUAGUGGUGACGAAGCCUCGUCCAUCGGCGAUGUUGGAUCGAUCGAUAUUACUGAUUUCUUCACGGAUAAUGGACUUCACUCCGCCUGCCAUGACAUCGCAAGAGAUGUUUCCGGGGCGACUAAUUCUAGUGAACUACUAUCUGAAUUGCUUCCAGUACGUACUGGUUCCAAGGCUGCGUCUAAUGAACGUGCUACCUCAAAUCAUAAGGAAUCCGAUCACGGUUUAUAUGAAAGCAGUACGGGCGGCGAGGAAACACACAACUGUUCCUUACCCGUAUCCACCACCAACCUGGAUGAACUCUUAUACCCAACGCACCAUGACGAAGCAAUGUCCAAAGCAUUUGCUGCUGCUGCUGAAACCUCCCAAUCACAUUUACCUGUUCUGGUAACUCCCCCGUCUCCACCAUUGCCAACACCCAAGAGCCGACAAUCCCUUCGACGACUGUUCAGGCCACGCUCAACUUCAUCCUCGAAAAGCUCGAUCAGGUCUGUUGAAACAACGGCGAGCACGAAUAGUUCCAUCAUAGAUCAGUCGACGUUGAACGUGAAUUUGGGUCUUCCCCGCGUUCGUAGAAGGUCCCAUGUAUACUCGCAGCGUCGCUCUCUAAGUCAUGCGGGGGCAGUGGCUGAAAACGCACCGAUUGAUAUCGAUCACCUAGCUGCUUGCGAUUCUGAUGACAGUGCGUCGUGCCGGAGCAUCCCAUUCGAUAUAAGUGCUCUAGCUUUCGAUGACACCAAGCCGUUUCUGGAUGUUUCGUCGCGCAAUCUAUCUCAUUUCCCACGGCUAUCCGAUCGAUUUGGUGGCUUGGUUGAACUUCAUAUGGUUAACAACUGGAUUACGGCCAUACCUGGUGCUUGUCUGGGGAUGCUCGUCAAUUUACAGGUUUUGGAUAUGAGUCAGAAUUUGCUGAAAGAACUGCCUCCCGAGAUUGGAUUAUUGACAAGUUUGAAGGAGAUUUACGUACGAGAGAAUCGGUUGGAGGUGGUACCCACAGAAUUUGAGCAGUGCAUCAAACUGGAAGUUUGCGAUUUUAGUAGAAAUCGGAUAGCAACUUUAAGUCCAACGAUCUUUUCCCGCAUGUGCUCCCUUGCUACAAUUGACAUCUCCCACAACAAUCUACGUAUCUUACCUUCAUCCAUUGGUGUCCUGAAAGGAUCGCUAACCUCGCUUCAAGUGGACAGUAACCCAUUUGACCCGUCCUUUAUGAAGCUUGUGACACCUCUUAUCGCCGCCAUACAACUUGAGAGGGAAACAAGUCUUUCGGUACCACCUCCCAGGCAAGGUUCCACUGAAGAUCCCGAGAGGAAUGACAGCGCGUGGUCACAAGGAAGCACUACGUGGAAUGAUGAUGAGAGUACUGGGCCUGGUACGCCAGGGUCAAUACGAAGUGGAAAGCGGAUUCGUAGUUUACCACCAGGAGGACUGACACCUGACCAGUUUGCGAAACUUGAAGGACUGUUUGCGGUCAAGUCUCCACCAAAAGAAACACCCUCAGGUAGUUGGAGGAGCACGCCAAGUCAUCGAAGCAGUUAUCCCAGCUAUCGACCGUCCGUGUGCGAUGUUUCCGCCAUAUUCGGUGAGACGGGAAUGUCUGGACGAGCAACACCGAAUGGGAACUUUCGUACUCCGAGUGGCAGUGUUCGGAGUCGUCUGGGUAUGGUUGGUGCAUUCGGCGUUCUGGCCACUUCUCCACUGUCGGUGAAUGGCGGGGAUGGGACAAGUAAGGAUGAGUUCAGCAAAGAUGAUGCAACUGCCGUUAUGGAUGGAGAGAAGCUGGACGUUGGGCUGGAUCCUGGAGAAACGGGAACUAUUGGGAAAUCCAAGCUGUUUGGUCGAAUUGGAAAGCGAAAACCAAGAAUUUCUUCCUCAGAGCCGGGACAGGUUAAUCGUAAAAGCUCCGUAAGCGAAUCCUCCCCAACUUCACGCAAAACUUCAGCUAGCCUCCCUCAAUUGAUGAUUGGGCCGCGAACCUCUUCGUUGGAGCCAUGUGAGUCCCCCACGGCGACCAUACCAAGCACCCUCACAUCUUCGGCAAGCAUUACGGAAAAGAAAGUUGCAUCGAACAGACAUCGUAUCUCCUCAUUUUUCUCCAAAUCAUCGACACAGCCAAAGGCCAUCUCCGAUUCGGCCGGUUGCUAUUUUGCUGCUACGCCAGAGUCACCAUCACGCAUCUAUCUUCAUCGGCUUCUUAACUACCUCCGGGAUGCACACGACCUAGAUCCACGCGCCAACGGCGCUAGUGUGGAGGUUCUCACGCAGCCUCGUGAAUCUACUGCUCCAGAUCCCGGUGGAGACCAAGUGCAUGACGCCAAGCAAGCUGAACGAUUAAGAAAGAAGCAAACCCCAGAGCGAAGGCGUAAAGUAGUGAUGGAGAUAUUAACCACUGAGCGCACAUAUGUGGAGCAGUUGGAAGCACUAUUAGAUGUUUACAUUCGUCCGAUCGAGGAGAGGGGAAUUCUCAAUGCGCAGGAGAACAAUGCAUUGUUUGCAAAUGUCAAAAGUAUUUUGCUGUUUCACCAGGAGCAUUUGCUCCCGGAUCUGGAAAAGAAAUGCAGUAGUCCAGAGCAGCAGCUCGGUCCGGUCUUUCUCGCUGGCGCACCUUUCUUGCGCAUGUAUUCGGCCUACUAUAACAACUUUGACGCAGCAAACACGUUUGUAUGUCACCUUGAAGCUCAAGUUGCAUCAAACAGCCCGGCAAACCCCUUCCCGCUUCCCGCGUCAAGCGCAGCAUCCACAAACAUGCAAAUUGUUGCACAACGGGCCGCGAGCAAAGCACGAGCUAAACAAUUUCGAGAGUUCAUGCAAGAAGCCAAAAAGGACCCACGGCACACUCAAAACAGCCUUCAAUCAUUCCUCAUCUUGCCUGUACAGCGACUGCCAAGGUACAAGCUUCUGGUAGACGAACUCUUGGAGUGUACUCCCACUGAGCAUCCUGAUUAUGCGGAAUUGAAACGCGCGAGGGAGGAAAUUAGGCGACGGGUGGAGGAAUGCAAUGAGAAAAAGCGAGAGUGGGAGGCCAGGGAACGGGGUCUGGGUGUUUUGCUGAGGGUACGAGUUCGCCCGUGGUCUUCGGGUGCGGAUGCUGUAAAGCACGUACCGCCUGGAAGACGAUUUGUAAGAGAGGGCGUUUUAAGGGUCCUCAAAUGCGUAGAGUUUGUCGGUGCAGCAACUGGAAGUAUGCGUGUCGAUGCUUUACAAGCGUGUGGGGGGAAGAAAGACCGUUUCAAGCAGAACGUGGUGGGACAUUUGAUUGAAACGAGAUUUGGUGUGAAGGGAGGCGGACCUGAUACCACUACAUCCGCGAAAGAUGAGGAUGGUCUGACGGCACUCCGACUUACACGUACAGCUGGUAAAGAGUUUCGGUUCUUCCUCUUUACCGAUGUGCUGUGCUGGUGUAGAGCAAAGGCUGGCUCAGACGGCGAACAUGACCUAGUACGAGGCAUCAAUAUUGUGCCAGGGGAUGAGGAUAGUAUUGAAAUGAUUGAACUUACGGCAGGACAUUCAGUCAGUUCAUCAAAAGAUAAGGUGAAACACGAGGCUGUACUAAGAGUGCGCGAUCGGGAAUGUAUUGUUUAUAUACGUGGAAGUAAUGAAGGCAUUCGAGGAUGGAUGGAGAGUAUCAAAGAGGGUAGUCACAUUACUGGAUAGAGGGGUGUACUCUGUAUGUAGGGGUUUAGUUAAAUUCAAAAUUGAUAUGGUCCAG